ACGGAGUGAAUCGCUUGGUCAUUUCAGGACGCAGGUUCUCGGUUUUCAGUCUCACUUUCCACUUCUUGGAAAGGAAAUUUGAUAACCUUCCGGGAACAAGUUUUUUUUAACAACAAGCCCGUUUAAACUUUAACCUCUGGCAACCCCAUCACGCCCGGCUCUUCCAUCCCUGCUUUGCGUGUCGGAGCGUGAGGCUUAUUUCGCGCGGAUCAGGAAAUUGCAGAUUCUCGCUCGGGUUCGCGGAGUGAGAUAAGUCGCUUCGACAUGAACGCGGUGGGCUGGUCAGUUCCACCGUCCGGGCACUUAGUUCCUUCUGGAAUUUCGAACUGGUCAGGUUCCACAUGGACAACCUUGACAAUGACAAUGAUAGCUGUCAGCAUGACCUCCUGGAUAGUCUAUCGGAAAAAAUGCCCAGGGGACGGCCCAGGAUCGGAUCGAAGGUGCAGCCUACUGACUGAGCUGUUUCUGCAGGCCCUCAUACUCUCAGGAUGUGCAUUUGUCUCGUACCUGUGCGACUCGCAGCGAGGUGGGUUCACCAUUAAAGGGCCGGAUUACCCCACCAUCGCCCUCUUGGGGACAGACGUGGUUCUGAACUGCUCAGUGGUAUUCCACAGGGAGGAGUCGAAGCUGCAGGUUGAAUGGAGCAAGCCGGAAUCUGGAGCCAAGGUUCUGGUGUGCGAAGACAUCCCAGAAGGUCCAUGCCGAGACUACUGGGCUGGGGUGCAGCACUUUGAGGGCGAGCUGGGGUCAGGAAACGUGUCGAUCAAACUGCAGGAGGUGAAGGUUUCGGACGCUGGGAGAUAUCGGUGUGCUGUCACAUCCAGUAGCUAUUCCAGCCAUGUGAGCAUGGAGCUGAGCAUUGUGGCUUUUGGAACCAAACCAAGCUUAUCGAUCAGGCAGUCUAGCAACAACAGCUUGGAGUAUACUUGCCAGUCGAAGGGCUGGUUCCCUGAACCGAAUGUCAUCUGGAAAGACAGUGAUGGAAAGAACCUGGUGCCCUUGUCAACAGUGACUAAAGUCAGAGACGCACAGCAACUGUAUGACGUGAAGGUCCAAUACCAGCCAACUGGAGAUGUUACAUCAUCUGUCACCUGCAUCAUCCACGACAGACUCCAUAACAUCAAGGAGGUGUCGACUGCACGUGUGAACGAUUUUCUUCCACAUGUUCAGUUCCCUGUUAGUGAGGCAGAGUGGAGCAGGAUUCAGAGUUACUCGGUCUCUGUGACACUGGACCCGGACACAGCCAAUCCCUGGCUCGUCCUGUCAGAGGGGGGGACCAGCGUGCAGGACAGUGACACCAGGCAAGUGGGGGCCUUCGAUAACCCUGAGAGGUUCCAGGUCAGCCACUGUGUCCUGGCCUCGGGGGGCUUCUCCUCAGGCCAGCACUACUGGGAGGUGGAGGUGGGCCGCAAGGAGGCCUGGGAGCUGGGCGUAGCCACCGAGUCUGUCAACCGCAAGGCCAAAGUGAGCGGGGUGCCCAACACCGGGCACUGGAGCCUGUCGCGCCAGGGCAGGACAGAGUACCGGGCCGUGGAUUGGCCUCCCCCUCUGCAGCCGGGACCAGAGCUGACGCUGGUGGGAGUCCUCCUGCUGUACAGUCAGGGCCGAGUGUCCUUCUUCAACGCAGAGAGGCACCUGCACCUUUACACCUUCACGGCCAACCUCUCGGAGAAAGUGUACCCCUUCUUCUGCCCGGGGUCAUACAACUGGCAGACCAAUGCAGAGCCCCUCCGCCUGCGCAACCCCAGAGCCUAGAGAAAGGUCAGAGAGAGGGGGGGCGGGGGGAGAGAGGGAGAGAGAGAGAGAGAGGACACGUCGCUGACAGGCCCCAGACCUUUCCUGCUCCCACACAGCCUCGGGAAACAGACUCCGAAGGCAGCACCUCGACACAGCCAUGGGCGUAUCCCAUUUAAAUCCUAGGACACGGUGCGCAGUUACGGUCUGACAACUGUCGAGGCAAAAACCAGAAAGCGCUGGAGAAACUCUGUGUCCGGCUGGCUCCGGUGACCUAGCCUCUGAAAUGCCUGUUUUGUGACAUUUGCAGAGCCUGAUGCAUUAUGCAGCCACCAGAGCCCCUGUUGCAACAUGGGAAACUGGUGGACCUUGUUCCUGGAGAUUGCUGUGCACACAGUAACAUACUAAUGUCCAGAUGAAUAGUCUCAUCACGUGUGGAGGUCCGAUACAUGUCAGUCCUAUGACCAUAACUAAUAGGAGACAAUCUAAUCACUGCCCCUUGGCAUUCAACACUGUUAUCAUCACUGAAUCCCCCACUAUCAACAUCCUGGGGCUUAUCAUUGACCAGAAACUCAACAGGACUCGCCAGAAGCUAGGAAUACUGUAGUGAGUAACUCACCUCCUGACUCCCUAAAGCCCUGUCCCAUCAUCAAGGCACGAGUCAGAAGUGUGAUGGAAUACUCCCCACUUGCCUGGAUGGGUGCAGCUCCAAAAACAAAAGAAGUUUGACCCAAUCCCCGGACAAAACAGCCUGCUUGACUGGCACUGUAUCCACAAGCAUCCACUCGCUCCACCACCGACGCUCAGUGGCAGUGUGUACUAUCUACAAGAUGCACUGCAGAAAUUCACCAAAAAUCUUCAGACAGCACCUUCCAAACCCAUGACCGCUACCAUCUAGAAGGACAAGAGUAACAGAUACAUGGGAACACCACCAAGUUCCCCUCCAGGCCACUCAUCAUCCUGACUUGGAAAUAUAUCACUGUUCCUUCACUGUCACUGGGUCAAAAUCCUGGAAUUCCCUCCCUAAGGGCAUUGUGGGUCAACUCUCAGUAGGUGGACUGUAGCAGUUGAUCAUUUGUGGGACAUCCAUAUCCCACAAACAGAUUGAAGCGGCAAAAAAAAAGUCCUGGAUAUAUAUCUGUCUGGGUGCUGCGUGUGUCACUCCUGGGUGUUCAUAGUUCUGAGGAAAAGUCAUUGACUCAAAUUUUUAAACUCUUUCUCUCCAUGGAUUGCUGAUUUUUUUUUCAAGAAUUUGUUUUGGCUCAUUUGUGAUCCAUUACCAUAUCCUUGAGGCAGAGUCGAGGGGCUAAUCAUUAGAUUUUCUUUAAUACUUUUUAAAAAAAACUUAAUGUGGUUUGGUGCGGUGAGCUAAAGUUGACCCUUGAACUGUGGUCAGCAAUUUGUGCAGCUAAAAGAAACAAACUAUUGUUUCUUUGUGAAACCAAGCCUGGAAGUUACUUGCAAGUUUAUUCUUAUUUUUAAAAAAAUGCUCCACAGAUGCUUUUAUGCUGGAGCAGCAAUAUGCUUAACCAGAUAGCAGAGAUAUUUGGCCAUUAGUGAGGUCAGUACCUGGAAAUUGGUUCCAGCAAGUCUGGAAGAGACACACUUCUCAAGUGAACAAUAACUAGGAUCUCUCAGAGGAGGCAGUCUGACAGGGAGAGGUCAGAGUCUUGAACUGGGCUUUGGACUCUUCUAGGAGGGAGGAGUCUAGGCUAUUGAUACGAUAGGUUGCAGAUUUGAAAGUUCCCUGCCUGACCCUCCAAUACCUGAUAACGGACAUUCUCAGACCAGAAACACUUUUAAGCAUUGUGGACUUCCUCUGAAUGAGCUGAAAAGGUUUGACUGUUUUUGUUUGUCUCUCGUUGAGGAUAACAAAGAUUAUUGGGUUUUAAAAUCAAUUAUUUUAAUUUUGCUCUGAUAAAGUCACUGUAUUGCUCAUAAAUUGCCAAGUCUUUUGUUUAAACUGCAAAGAUGGGUUCCAGAGUGAAUUAUUCAGAGUCUGGGAUUGUUUAUUCCAAAGUUUGUGAAGGAACCAUUGCAGUUAAUUGAGGGUCUUUGAAGGCUUUAAUUUGGUUGUGUUGAGAAUGCAGAAGCUGAUUGAUUUGGUUGCCUGCCUGUCUCUAUGCUAAUAGAGAAAGGGACUCAAUCUGACUAUCACUGGACAAGACAUUACAAUCAUGGUUGCUUAAUAAAUCACUUGACCAGCCUGCUGCCACCUCCAGGCCACUUACAAUGAGACAGACAGCCAAGGAAAAUCUGGAUUUUGCAAUCUCACGCAAGAUUUUAAAUUGGGAAUUGACUGGAUGCUGAGGACGAGUGGAAGAUAAGCUCGCUCCAGAAUGCUAGUGCCUAAUGCAAAACAUGCACCAUUCCACUCUGCAUCAGCAGCGAUCUUAGCUGUCACCAGUUUUAAAAGAGGCAAGCUCCCUCAACAGAGAUUCCAACUUGAAGGAAUCCUGCUGAGAAAUCUUUCCAAACACUCAUGGUGUGGUCUUGUGCCAGUGAGCAGUAAAAGGGACUGCAACUGAUGGCUUCCUGCUCAGUGAUCUCCUCUCCCUCAACAGCCUGGCAAAAAAAAAUCUUACUACAGAAGUCAUCCUAGUUUACUGGAUCUGACUUCAUACUGACCUGUUCAGUGAUAAGGAACGGAAGCAACAGGCCCCAGUGGAAUAUGGCAGUGACGGGGAUUUUUUUCAUUUUUUGUUUUGUUUUAAGCUUUGUCUAAUUUAUUGUUAAAAUAUUUUGUCUCUUUGCCUCUGGGGAGCUCUCAAGUAAUAAAGCUGUAACCUUUAGUUGAUUUCA